AUAGAGAAAAUCAAAGCAGAGGAUCCGGAUUCAUUUUGGAUAUGACACCAAAAAAAACUUUAGUUUUUUUUUUUUUUUUAAAAGAACCUUUCCUAUUGAAAGGGGCGAUAGCAUAUUAAACUCACAUACACAACACGGUUGCUAGGACUUGAACCCAGAACCUUGCCUGAGGGAGUAAAUACUUCAAACUACCACACUAAUAGGUCCUUUACUUAGGUAGUUAAACUCUUAACUUUGGUAAACAUCCGGGUAGUAAAAUAAAAUUUACCCUAUUAUUAUUCACUGCAGAAACUCAUUCUCUGUCUGUGCCUAGGGUUUCAAAACAAGAGCGAUGAAUAACAAAGUGAACAUCCAAGCAUCAACCACAUGGAGAUGGACAAGUCUGGCCCCCCUGCAUCGAACAAAGAUAGCCCAAUUGAUUACAGCAUUCUCCUUAUGCCUUUUCGUAGACGCUCGACAACAGAUUUGCAAGAAGCGUGGCCGGUGCUGGAAUCAUCUUUAGAAGAAUAUGGCAUUUCAUGUGAAUUGGAUAUGGAUCAGUUUUUCAUAACAUUCACAACAACCAGGGCUAAGGACCCAUACGCUAUUCUCAAUUCUAGAUAUCUUAUCCGACUUUUGGCAGCAGAAGUUCCUCCACGUCAGGCAUUAAAAGUAACGUACGGAAUGCCAUGUUACCUUAUCUACACUGGGUAUCAUUUAGGUGGGCUUUGCUCAAAAUUUGGGAUCAAGACGGAUAAGUAUGUUUCCCGGAAGAAACUGCUCACGACUCUCCCGAUACAGGAACUUGAAAAACUGACAGGCUGUUCCAUUUAUCUCCGCCCAAAUAAUGACAUGGUUGCUGCGAUGGGUCCAAUUAAAGGAUUGAAGCUAGUUAGGAGUAUUGUGGAAGACUGCAUUGUUCAUAAUAUGCCUCCGGCACAUCGUGUAAAGAGGCUUGCAAAUUAUGUUCAAGCAAUUAAGGGCGUUGAGGGGUUGAGAUUAUGAUGAAUAAUCUGGAGGUUGAGAGAUUGAAUGUUGGGUUCUGCUGCUCCAAUUGUGGUCGUUUAGUCCAUGAGUUUACACUACACUACAAGAUGAUCAAUUAUAUAACUAAAAAACUAGGAAUUGAAGGAUGGAUUCUGUAUUUUAGAAAUAUAUUAUUUACUUGUUGAGAUG